UAUUAUUUAAUUAAUUAAAUAAGUAGCAAUAUAAUAUUAAUUUAUCUUAGUCACUUACUUAUAUUUAAUUUAAAGAUGAAUUUUAAUAUAUCAGAAAGAAAUUCUGAUGCCACUCUCUAUGUAGGUGGUUUAGAUUAGAAAGUCACUUAAGAAGUUUUAUGGGAAUUAUUUUCUUAAUGCGGUAUAGUAAUCAACGUACAUUUACCUAGAGAUAAAAUCACUGGAGAGCAUUAGGGUUAUGGAUUCGUUGAAUAUAAAACAGAAGAAGAUGCAGAUUAUGCUAUCAAAAUUUUGCAUUUAAUUAAGUUGUAUGGAAAACCUAUAAAAGUAAACAAAGCAUCCUAAGAUAAAAGAACCUAGGAAGUUGGUGCUAAUAUAUUUAUUGGAAAUUUAGAUCCUUCAGUUACAGAGAUGUAGUUAUAGGAAACAUUUUCUACUUUUGGUCUCAUCAUUGGCCGUAGAAUUGUUCGUGAUUCUGACAAUAACUAAUCUAAAGGGUAUGCUUUUAUUUCUUAUGAUAAUUUCGAAUCCUCUGAUAAUGCUAUAUCUGCAAUGAACGGUUAAUAUUAUGGAAGUUAAAAAAUUAGUGUUUAAUAUGCCUUUAAGAAAGACUCUAAAGGAGAAAGACAUGGUUCUGCUGCAGAAAGACUUCUUGCUGCAAACAGACCUCAACCUUUGUAGUCAGGUAUGGGUAUGAACGCACCUGCCCCUCUUGUCCCAAGCAACAAGGGUAUCAAUAGAUCAUCGAUUCCUAUGGCAGAAGGAUUAAUAUAGCCUAAUCCUAUUGUUCCUCAAAAUGCAUAUGCUUAACCUCCUAACUUUGCUCCUCCUAUGCCAGGUUAUAACAUGCCCCCAAAUAUGCCACCUAACAUGCCUCCUCCUCCAAUGUAUAUGCCUCAAUAAAUGCCCCCUGGUUAUCCUCCUCUUCCUCCAAAUAUGCCCCCUCCUCCUAUGGGUAUGCCUCCUCUUCCUCCAGGUUAGUACAUGCCUCCUCCUCCAGGUUUUAUGCCUCCAAACAUGCCAAACUUGCCAAUACCCCCAAGACUUAAUUGA